AUGUCUCCAUACGAUCAGGCAAUCGGCCAAAUCUGCUCCACAGCCUCCAUGACACACAACCUGUCCCAAUGCACUUCUCUCAUUCGCCGCGCCUCCGCCGCCGGCGCCGCGGCCCUCUUCCUCCCCGAAGCAGCCGACUACAUAGCUUCGUCCGCCUCCGAGACCGUCUCACUAGCCCGGUCCGUCGAGACCUCCCCCUUCGUCCUGGGCCUCCGCGCGGCAGCAAAAUCGCACCGCCUCCCCCUCUCCGUCGGCAUCCACGAGCCCAGCACUUCCGGCGACAAAGUAAAAAACACGUUGCUCUGGAUCGACGGCGACGGCGAGAUAGCGCACCGCUACCAGAAGCUCCACCUCUUUGACGUGGAAAUCAAGGACGGACCGAUCCUGAAGGAAUCGAACAGCGUGGAGCGCGGGCCCAGAAUCGAGGACCCCGUUGACACGCCCCUGGGCAAGGUAGGCAUGCUCAUCUGCUUCGACCUGCGGUUCCCCGAGCCCAGCCUCGCGCUGCGGCACCGCGGCGCCCACAUCUUGACGUACCCCUCCGCCUUCACCGUGCCGACGGGGAAAGCGCACUGGGAAACUCUCCUCCGGGCGCGCGCAAUCGAGACGCAGAGCUACGUCGUGGCGGCGGCGCAGGUGGGCUUUCACAACGAAGAGAAGACGAGGCGGAGCUAUGGGCAUGGGAUGAUUGUGGAUCCGUGGGGGAGGGUCGUUGCGGAGCUCGGGGGCGAGGACGACGACAAAGGGAGGGGGCUGGAUGAGGGGGAGAUUGCGUUGGCGGAGAUUGAUCUCGAGUAUUUGGAGAAGACGAGGAGGGAGGUGCCGCUGUUGAGGAGGACGGAUGUGUAUCCGGAGAUUGCGUGA